AUGGAAAAAAUAACCGAUGAAGCUGUACAAGCGACUAACGAUGAUGCAAGUGAAUGUAAAAGAUGUGCCGUUCAAUUGGGAUAUUGGAUUGAUCCUUACAUACAGUUUUUCGUUAAAGGAACGGAUAGAAAAGCACCGGAAAUAAAUCGGGGAUAUUAUGCAAGAACGAUGGGAGUUUGGUUUUUAUUAGAAAAAUUUGUCAAGACUGCAGGUAAAAAUUGUCAGAUAGUAAAUUUAGGAGGUGGUUUCGAUACAUUAUACUGGAGGUUGAAAGAUUCCGGUUACAUGAUUGGAAAUUAUGUUGAAGUCGAUUUCCCGACUGUCACAUCUAGAAAAUGUCAUUUUAUUAAAAGGAAUAAACAACUGUUAGAAAAAAUUCACAUGGAAGACGGUGAAAUUAGAUUAAGUGCUACAGAUUUACACGCUAGCGGAUUUCACAUAAUAGGAGCCGAUUUAAGGAAUAUUCAAGAUUUAGAAUCCAAAUUAAAAGAUUCUGAUAUUAAAUUUAACAUGCCUACGUUUAUAUUAGCAGAAUGCGUUCUUGUUUACAUGGAAUUACAUUCUGGAAAAGUUUUGUUAAAAUUUUUUUCAGAAAAGUUCAAAUCUGCCAUUUUUGUUAAUUACGAACAGGUUAAUAUAGGUGAUAGGUUCGGAGAAGUUAUGCUUAAAAAUUUAAGAGCAAGAGGUUGUCCAUUAGCAGGAGCAGAUGCUUGUCAGUCGCUUAGUUCGCAAGAAACAAGGUUUUUAAAUAAUGGAUGGGAUAAAGUUAAAAGUUAUGACAUGGUUAAAGUAUAUCAUGCACUUCCAAGUCAAGAUAGGCAAAGAAUUGAACAGUUAGAACUUCUCGAUGAGCAAGAAAUUCUCAUACAAUUAUUUCAACAUUAUUGCAUGGUGAUCGCAUUAAAGGGUGAAGAUUUUGAUUGUGUCGAUUUCACCUAA